CUUAUACGCAACGCAAAUCACUUUUUUAUCACCUGCAAACCAUUUUAUUCACUACCGUGCAAAUUAUUUAUUUUUACCUGCUAAUUAUUACGACAAAAAAAAACAAUACCCCUCACCAAAUCAACAAUGGAUAUAAAUGUAUGUCAAGUAUGCAAUGAACAACCUUCAAAAUACAAAUGUCCUCGUUGUGAUAUACGAUCUUGCUCAGUGAUCUGCGUCAAACAACAUAAACAAACUCAAUCUUGUUCUGGUGAAAGAAGUAAAACUCAUUAUGUUUCUAUGAAAGACUAUAAUGAAUCGAAUAUGAUGAGUGAUUAUGUUUACUUGGAAGAUAUGUCAAGACAAUCAGAUAAUGUGAUCCGAAGUCGAUUGAAAGAAAAAAAACUAAUAGGUCCUGCUGAACAUAGAUUGAAAAUGGUUGUCAAACAUGCUAGAGAAAUGGGUAUUAUUUACGAUAUGUUACCAGCUGGUAUGUCAAGGCGUAAAGCGAAUCAAACUAAUUAUAGUGUCAAGAUGAAACAAUUAUUCUGGACAUUGGAAUUUUAUUUUUGUAUGGAUGAUUCACAAGAACGCGUUUUGGAGCAUUCAUGUCCUAGUGCCAAGUCUCUACAAGGUGUGUUUGAAAAUAUGUUACUCUCCGACAAACCACAAGGACGAAAUAGCUAUGCAACCAUCCGACAUCAGGUGCGUCAUUUCACAGAAACAAGCAUGAAUGAUUGGGUGAUUGGACUGAAAAAGGAAGGUGGUAAACGGAACAUGUUUAUCAACUUGACAUCCAUGUUAGAUCAACCUAUUGCUGAAUGUUUGAAAGGUGAACGGAUCAUUGAAUACCCAACAAUUUAUAUAUGGAUGAAAGAUCAUUUAGAUUCUUCAAUACAACUCGAAGAUAAAUAUACAGUUCAAAACCAAAGUAUGGAUAGUAGCAGCAGUGAUGAUGAUAAUAGUAGCAGUAGUAGUAGCAGUAGCAGUGGUAAUAGUAGUGAAGAAGAUGAUUCUGAUGACGAUGAUUCUGAUGAUGAUGAUCAAACAGUCAAUGAUGCCAAGGUGGAAAAAGAAGAACAAGAGGAACCAAUACCAAGAAGACAACAAAUAUAGAAUUAGCGGCAAGUCAAUGAUCCGAUGGUAACACCCGAGACGCAAGGUCACAAGAUAGAGAAAAAGAUCAUCCUAACAGGGAUGGUUAGCAUAUAUAGAUUAUUAGUAUAAUAAAAUUGUAGUUUAGUAAAUAUUAUUAUUUUAUAUGACAAAUUUGUAAAAAUAAAUAAAAAAAGGGAUAUGAUGAUAACAAUAUUAUUUUUAGACAAUGAGGCUGAAGUAGAAAAAAAAAAGCCUUUUUGGCUGGGCGUUAUUAUAGUGUUUGACAGUUUUUUUUAAAUCGGGAAUGGAUUCUAGUGUGAGCAAAUAAUGGGAAUGUGAGUAAAAAAAAAA